UUGCCUAGCAAAUGAAAAAAACGUAGAAAGCGGGAGUCCAACAGUGACUUUUACAUUAAGCGUGCGAUGUGGGCGUGAAGCAGGGAGAUAGAGAGAGCGAGAGAGAGACGCCCUCGCUUUACAAGGGGUAAACCAUUUCACUCCUCUUCGCCACACUGUGUAACAGGCAACGGGAGAAAAAGCUCCCCGAGUGCUGCUGGAAGUUGAUGGCUAUGUGUGAUGCUCAGACCUCAACAUCGUUUUUCAAUCAGAGUUUUUAAGAUCUGCAUAUGCCAAUGGUUUUACCACACGUAGAAUGGGAUUAACUUGGUCCGGCAAAUAUAUCUCACUGUUUCUUGCUGUUCAGUUAGUUUAUCUGCUACAUGCGGUGAGAGCAACGGGGAAAUGUGAUACAGUAUUCAAAGGGUUCUCCAAUUGCUUGCUGAGACUGGGGGAGAAUAUGGCUAACUAUCCACAGGAGCUGGAUGAGAAGGAAAAUCUACAGACCAUCUGCACAUAUUGGGAUGACUUCCACUCAUGUGCGACCACUGCGCUGGUGGAUUGCCAAGAGGGAGCCACAGACCUAUGGGAGAAGCUCAAAAAGGAGUCCAGAAACUUAGAGUUCCGAGGGAGCUUGUUUGAACUGUGUGGCGGGGGGAACGGGGCCUCCAAAUCCACAGUCGCUUUAGGUCUCAUCAUACUUCUAACGGCACUUUCCGCCUUAGUGACUUGGCUUGCAUUUUAGCAAAAACAAACAAAGAAGAAGAUAAAAGGAAAUAAAUGCUAGCUAUCGACACAAAAAUACAAAACAAAAGAGACGUUUGAAUUCAUUUACACCCAAAUGGAUUAUACUUCAUCCGGGGAAGGCGACCUGAUUUUGCUAGAGACAUUGGCGGGUCGUCUUCCGGGACUGGUGCACCAUAUUUGUCUGACCUGGGGUCAAUUCCAUUAAAUAUUUAGCAGGUAUUGAGUUUAAAUUAUGAUGACAUUUAGAUGGAUCCUCACCCGGUUACUAUUAAAGUCGACGAUGAAUUAUUUAUAUUAGUAGCCUAGGCCUUGACAUCUGUUAUUUCAGGUGAUUGCAAGCUGCUCAUACUCUGUAGGCUAAUGCGAGGCGCGCUUAGCCCAACGAAAUAUCCAGAUCGAUCUCCAAUAUUCACCAUUUAGAUAUGUUAUUUACUUUACUUUGCGAAAUGUAUCAUGUCGAACCAAGUAUAAAUGGAAAGGGUUGUUUGAGGUUCUGAUGUUUCUACUUUCACACGAUGCUAAUAGCCUAACUGUCACCCUAGAAAAAAUACAUGUAAAAUAGCAUAGUAAUAAGAAUGAAAAAAAGAGUACUCCGGAACGACUACAAGCAUUCAAUGGUAGUUUGGUUAUUACGUGUAAAGUAGCGUAUGGCAAUACGAUGACAAAGUUGAUCAAUGUAGAGAACGAAAAGAGUGGCUGGAGAGUAAUAUGACUGUUGCCAUUGUGUUGACGUUUUACCCAUCAAUUUAUGAACAAAUAUAAGCUACCCAUGGGGUAUAGUCUACAUGAAACCCUACUUCCCCAAAGUAGGCUACAGUAGCACGAGAAUACUCAGAACGCGAAAUCAAUAGCUGGAUGAAAGGAAAUUAAGCUAGCUUUAUUUGAUGUUGCAUAGACCACUUUUUACUGCCUUCAAAAUAUGUGUAUUAAGUUUGUUUGUUUUUGGGGGUGUUGCAUAUAAUACCUGACUAUUUCAAAUCAUGUAAGUAAAUAAGAGACUAUGUCUUUCAAAGGAAUUUUGAAAAGAUAUAUACUAAUACUUUAUCCUAAACAUUUUUAAAAAUAGAUUGAUUAUUAUAUAAAAAAAAUCUGAUUGCUAAAAGUACGAAGAAUAUUAAAUAAAACAGUUCAUGUUUGAAAAUAAGUGUGUGGUUCAGAUUUUAACAUGUUACUAUUUGUAGUUUUGUUCCAAAAUGUGUAGCCUACAUUAUGCUGCCAAAAUGUGUACAUUGAUAGUGUGUAAAACAGUAUAGCUGAUUUUGACCAAGCUCAA